ACUGGUGGGGAGGCUUCGGCUUCUGCAGCACUGGAGGCGGCAGCGGCCGGAGGGAGACUUGCGGGGCGCGCCCGCCACCGUGGACCGGGACGCUUCCCCUAGGGGACCCUCCGUCGACACCCUCCGCCGCGCCGUCCCGCAGGAGCCGGCGGGACCCCCGGCCGGCAGGGAGCGCCGGCGGCGGCGGCGGCACCAUGAGGCGACCGUGGGGCGCGCUGCUGCUUGGCGCCCUGCUCUGCGCACACGGCCUAGCCAGCAGCCCCGAGUGUGCUUGUGGUCGGAGCCACUUCACGUGUGCAGUGAGUGCCCUCGGCGAGUGUACCUGCAUCCCUGCCCAGUGGCAAUGUGAUGGAGACAACGACUGCGGGGACCACAGCGAUGAGGACGGAUGUAUGCUACCCACCUGCUCCCCUCUUGACUUUCACUGUGACAAUGGCAAGUGCAUCCGCCGCUCCUGGGUGUGUGACGGGGACAACGACUGUGAGGACGACUCGGAUGAGCAGGACUGUCCCCCGCGGGAGUGUGAGGAAGACGAGUUCCCCUGCCAGAAUGGCUACUGCAUCCGGAGCCUGUGGCACUGCGAUGGUGACAACGACUGUGGUGACAACAGCGAUGAGCAGUGUGACAUGCGCAAGUGCUCCGACAAGGAAUUCCGCUGCAGCGAUGGAAGCUGUAUCGCUGAGCACUGGUACUGCGAUGGUGACACUGACUGCAAAGAUGGCUCUGACGAGGAGAGCUGUCCCUCGGCAGUGCCAGUGCCCCCCUGCAACCUGGAGGAGUUUCAGUGUGCCUACGGCCGCUGCAUCCUCGAUAUCUACCACUGCGAUGGUGAUGAUGACUGCGGAGACUGGUCGGACGAGUCUGACUGCUCCUCCCACCAGCCCUGCCGCUCUGGGGAGUUCAUGUGUGACAGUGGCCUGUGCAUAAACGCGGGCUGGCGCUGUGAUGGCGACGCGGACUGUGAUGACCAAUCUGAUGAGCGCAACUGCACCACCUCGAUAUGUACGGCGGAACAGUUCCGCUGUCGGUCAGGCCGCUGCGUCCGUCUGUCCUGGCGUUGUGAUGGGGAGGACGACUGUGCGGACAACAGCGAUGAAGAGAACUGUGAGAACACAGGAAGCCCCCACUGUGCCUCGGACCAGUUCCUGUGUUGGAAUGGGCGCUGUAUCGGGCAGAGGAAGCUGUGCAAUGGGGUCAACGACUGUGGGGACAGCAGCGACGAAAGCCCACAGCAGAGCUGCCGGCCCCGGACGGGUGAGGAGAACUGCAAUGUUAACAAUGGUGGCUGCACCCAGAAGUGCCAGAUGGUGCGGGGGGCAGUGCAGUGUACCUGCCACACAGGCUACCGGCUCAUCGAGGACGGACGCACGUGCCAGGAUGUGAAUGAAUGUGCCGAGGAGGGGUACUGUAGCCAGGGCUGCACCAACAGCGAGGGGGCUUUCCAGUGCUGGUGCGAAGCAGGCUACGAACUCCGGCCUGACCGGCGCAGCUGCAAGGCUCUGGGGCCGGAGCCUGUGCUACUGUUCGCCAACCGCAUCGACAUCCGGCAGGUGCUGCCGCACCGCUCUGAGUACACACUGCUGCUCAACAACCUGGAGAACGCCAUCGCCCUCGACUUCCACCACCGGCGUGAGCUUGUCUUCUGGUCCGAUGUCACCCUGGACCGGAUCCUCCGCGCCAACCUCAAUGGCAGCAAUGUGGAAGAGGUUGUGUCUACAGGGCUCGAGAGCCCAGGGGGCCUGGCUGUGGAUUGGGUCCAUGACAAACUCUACUGGACCGACUCAGGGACAUCAAGGAUUGAGGUGGCUAACCUGGACGGGGCCCACCGGAAGGUGCUUCUAUGGCAGAACCUUGAGAAGCCCAGGGCCAUUGCCUUGCACCCCAUGGAGGGUACCAUUUACUGGACAGACUGGGGCAACACCCCCCGCAUCGAGGCCUCCAGCAUGGAUGGCUCUGGACGCCGCAUCAUCGCCGAUACCCAUCUCUUCUGGCCCAACGGCCUCACCAUUGACUAUGCCGGGCGUCGUAUGUACUGGGUGGACGCUAAGCACCACGUCAUCGAGAGGGCCGAUCUGGACGGGAGUCACCGCAAGGCUGUCAUUAGCCAGGGCCUCCCGCAUCCCUUUGCCAUCACCGUGUUUGAAGAUAGCCUGUACUGGACAGACUGGCACACCAAGAGCAUCAAUAGUGCUAACAAGUUUACUGGCAAGAACCAGGAGAUCAUUCGCAACAAACUGCACUUCCCCAUGGACAUCCACACCUUGCACCCCCAGCGCCAGCCUGCAGGGAAAAACCGCUGUGGGGACAACAACGGAGGCUGCACCCACCUGUGUCUUCCCAGUGGACAGAACUACACCUGUGCCUGCCCCACUGGCUUCCGCAAGAUCAGCAGCCACGCCUGUGCCCAGAGUCUUGACAAGUUCCUGCUUUUUGCCCGAAGGAUGGACAUCCGUCGGAUCAGCUUCGACACAGAGGACCUGUCCGAUGAUGUCAUCCCACUGGCUGACGUGCGCAGUGCUGUGGCCCUUGACUGGGACUCCCGGGAUGACCACGUGUACUGGACGGAUGUCAGCACUGACACCAUCAGCAGGGCCAAGUGGGAUGGAACAGGACAGGAGGUGGUAGUGGAUACCAGUUUGGAGAGCCCGGCAGGCCUGGCCAUUGAUUGGGUCACCAACAAGCUGUACUGGACAGAUGCAGGGACAGACCGGAUUGAAGUGGCCAACACGGAUGGCAGCAUGAGAACAGUACUCAUCUGGGAAAACCUUGAUCGUCCCCGGGACAUCGUAGUGGAACCCAUGGGCGGGUACAUGUAUUGGACGGACUGGGGUGCAAGCCCCAAGAUUGAACGAGCUGGCAUGGAUGCCUCAGGUCGUCAGGUCAUCAUCUCUUCUAAUCUGACGUGGCCUAAUGGAUUAGCCAUUGACUAUGGGUCCCAGCGGCUAUACUGGGCUGAUGCUGGCAUGAAGACGAUUGAAUUUGCCGGACUGGAUGGCAGCAAAAGGAAGGUACUGAUUGGAAGCCAGCUGCCCCACCCAUUUGGGCUGACCCUCUAUGGAGAGCGCAUCUAUUGGACUGACUGGCAGACCAAGAGUAUUCAGAGUGCCGACCGGCUGACGGGACUGGACCGGGAGACCCUGCAGGAGAACUUGGAAAACCUCAUGGACAUCCACGUCUUCCACCGCCGGCGACCCCCAGUGUCCACACCAUGCGCUACGGAGAAUGGCGGCUGCAGCCACCUGUGUCUUCGGUCCCCAAAUCCAAGUGCCUUCAGCUGUACCUGCCCCACAGGCAUCAACCUGAUGCCUGAUGGCAAGACCUGUUCACCAGGCAUGAACAGUUUCCUCAUCUUCGCCAGGAGGAUAGACAUACGCAUGGUCUCCUUGGACAUCCCUUAUUUUGCCGAUGUGGUGGUACCAAUCAACAUUACCAUGAAGAACACCAUUGCCAUUGGAGUGGAUCCCCAGGAAGGAAAAGUGUACUGGUCAGACAGCACGCUGCACAGGAUCAGCCGUGCCAAUCUGGAUGGCUCACAGCAUGAGGACAUCAUCACCACAGGGCUGCAGACCACAGAUGGGCUCGCAGUGGAUGCCGUUGGCCGGAAAGUGUACUGGACAGACACGGGAACCAACCGGAUUGAAGUGGGCAACCUGGACGGGUCCAUGCGGAAGGUGUUGGUGUGGCAAAACCUUGACAGCCCCCGUGCCAUUGUACUGUACCACGAGAUGGGGUUCAUGUACUGGACAGACUGGGGGGAGAAUGCCAAGUUAGAGCGGUCUGGAAUGGAUGGCUCAGACCGUACCGUGCUCAUCAGCAACAACCUAGGGUGGCCCAAUGGACUGACUGUGGACAAGGCCAGCUCCCAACUGCUCUGGGCUGAUGCCCACACGGAGCGAAUUGAGGCUGCUGAUCUGAAUGGUGCCAGUCGGCACACCCUGGUGUCACCUGUGCAGCACCCAUAUGGCCUCACCCUGCUCGACUCCUAUAUCUACUGGACUGACUGGCAGACCCGUAGCAUCCACCGUGCCGACAAGGGUACUGGCAGCAAUGUCAUCCUGGUGAGGUCCAACCUGCCAGGCCUCAUGGACAUCCAGGCUGUGGACAGGGCACAGCCACUGGGUUUUAACAAGUGCAGCUCGAGAAAUGGUGGCUGCUCUCACCUCUGCCUGCCUCGGCCCUCUGGCUUUUCCUGUGCCUGCCCCACUGGCAUCCAGCUGAAGGGAGAUGGGAAGACCUGUGACCCCUCUCCUGAGACCUACCUGCUCUUCUCCAGCCGCGGCUCCAUCCGGCGUAUCUCACUGGACACCAGCGACCACACAGAUGUGCACAUGCCCGUUCCCGAGCUCAACAAUGUCAUCUCCCUGGAUUAUGACAGUGUGGAUGGAAAGGUCUAUUACACAGAUGUGUUCCUGGAUGUUAUCAGGCGAGCAGAUCUGAAUGGCAGCAACAUGGAGACGGUGAUCGGGCGUGGGCUGAAGACCACCGAUGGGCUGGCAGUGGACUGGGUGGCCAGGAAUCUGUAUUGGACAGAUACAGGCCGAAAUACCAUUGAAGCAUCGAGGCUAGAUGGUUCCUGCCGCAAAGUGCUGAUUAACAACAGCCUGGAUGAACCUCGGGCCAUUGCCGUUUUCCCCAGGAAGGGGUACCUCUUCUGGACAGACUGGGGCCACAUUGCCAAGAUUGAACGGGCGAACUUGGAUGGCUCUGAGCGGAAGGUCCUCAUCAACACAGACCUGGGUUGGCCCAAUGGCCUUACCCUGGACUAUGAUACCCGCAGGAUCUACUGGGUGGAUGCCCAUCUGGACCGGAUUGAGAGCGCCGACCUCAGUGGGAAGCUCCGGCAGGUCUUGGUCAGCCACGUGUCGCACCCCUUUGCUCUCACUCAGCAGGACAGGUGGAUCUACUGGACAGACUGGCAGACCAAGUCAAUCCAGCGUGUUGACAAGUACUCAGGCCGGAACAAGGAGACGGUGUUGGCGAAUGUGGAGGGACUCAUGGAUAUCAUCGUGGUUUCCCCUCAGCGGCAGACAGGGACCAAUGCCUGUGGUGUGAACAACGGUGGCUGCACCCACCUCUGCUUUGCCAGAGCCUCAGACUUUGUAUGUGCCUGUCCUGACGAGCCUGAUGGCCGGCCCUGCUCCCUUGUACCUGGCCUGGUGCCCCCAGCUCCCAGGGCUACCAGCGUAAGUGAAAGGAGCCCCGUGCUACCCAACACGCUACCGACGACCUUGCGUUCUUCUACCAGCUGGACCCGCACAUCUCUGGAGGAGGUGGAAGGGAGAUGCUCUGAAAAGGAUGCCCGGCUGGGCCUCUGCACGUAUUCCAAUGAGGCCGUACCUGCUGCUUCAGGGGAAGGACUUCAUGUCAGCUAUGUCAUCGGUGGACUCCUCAGCAUUCUGCUUAUUCUGGUGGUGAUCGCGGCUUUGAUGCUGUACAGACACAAAAAAUCCAAGUUAACUGAUCCUGCAAUGGGGAACCUGACCUACAGCAACCCUUCCUACCGAACUUCCACUCAGGAAGUGAAAAUUGAAGCAAUCCCCAAACCAGCCAUGUACAAUCAACUGUGCUAUAAGAAAGAGGGUGGACCUGACCAUAACUACACCAAGGAGAAGGUCAAGAUUGUAGAGGGGAUCUGCCUCCUGUCUGGGGACGAUGCUGAGUGGGAUGACCUCAAGCAACUGCGCAGCUCCCGAGGGGGCCUCCUUCGGGAUCAUGUAUGCAUGAAGACAGACACCGUGUCCAUCCAGGCCAGCUCUGGCUCCCUGGAUGACAUGGAGACGGAGCAGCUGUUGCAGGAAGAGCAGUCUGAGUGCAGCAGCGUCCAUACCACAGCCACUCCUGAAAGACGGGGCUCCCUGCCAGACACAGGCUGGAGACACGAACGCAAGCUCUCCUCAGAGAGCCAAGUCUAAACGCCCAUGUUCCCUUCCCUUCCUACCUGCUCCUUCUCCUUGGUGGGCUUCAGUCCCUGAGCUCGCUUAUACAGCAGGCCCCUUUCCUGUGUGCUCGUCCUGCGCCGCCUCCUCCCGCCUCGUAACUGCUCCCAAGCCCUCCACUGGAGCUGUUUCCACCUGGGUUCGUAACUACCUGUGCACAAGAAAUGAUGGGGCAUCCUGAGAAUUUAGACCUGGAUUUUACCACGAACUUCACCUCAUGCACGCCAUCCUGAGCCCCCUUGAAACCAGGCUCAGUAAUGAUUCCUCGUCAGUACAGAGCUCCACCUCCCCUUUCCCUGGCACCCUCAGUGCCUGCCCCCCAAGAGCUGAUGAUCCAGGACUGCACUCGCUCCAUCAGAGCUGGCCUGACCGCAUCUCUGAGGGAACUUGCUGACCAGGGGGGCUGGGGCGGGGGGGUGGGGGGUCAUGGGUAAAGAGAGAGAUGAAGGAUAGAGGCUGAGAGAAGGAGGAGUCAGCCCAGCUGGCAUGGGCAUCUGGAAAACCUCCAGCCUCGAGUGCAUUGGCAACAUGAAAAAGCUUUUAAGGGUGAUUGGGCCUGGGUGUCCUCUCCACUGCCGGCCAUGGCUAUUAUUCUUGCCCUGACAGUUGUUGUUUCUUCAGCUGCAGAUACUGAUGAGGUCUGGGUAUGGCUCAAGCUGUUCUUCCUCCUGCUAGAAUGUCUGGAGCCUUUUCUACCUUCAGAUGACUGGGGGGUCUCUAUCACACGGCCGCUGGCUAAUAGGAAUUCCCUCCUGCUGCCUCUAGCUUGUGAGCCGGUGUCUUGAAUGCGUGUGGGACCCUCAGGGGUGGGUCUCUGCAGCGUCUGAGAAGCACUGCUUAGACCAGUCUUAGCACAUCCCCUGAACUAUAAUUGUUCUGCCACUUUCUCCUUCCUCAUUCUCUGGGAUUCGGAGCACAGAGAUCCUGAAGCAACUCUCCAAAGCAGGGCCAGAAGUUUUCAUACAUGGUCAGGAAGAGUGAUUGGUUUAGAGACUUGAGGCACCCAGGGCUUAAAGGGAAGUAUCCAUGAAGCUGAGCCUCCUGUGUUCUCUCUCAGGUGCUCAGGGAUCUAAGUGAGUAGACAGAGCCUGCGGCUGUGGGUGGUGAAGUUCCCAUUCCGACUCUUCCCAGCUAAGUGACUCCCUUUUCAUGCUGAGGUGCCAUCACUUGGUUCAUGCUUAUUCACACAAAAGGCAUGUGUGUCACACUAGUGUCAGGGGAGUUGAGACUUUUUACUGUCCUAAAACUUCUACCUAGCUCUUCUUUUUUGGGGAGGAGGGGAGGUGCCUAAUUUGCUUUUUCUGACCUAGCCUUGUAGGCACGUAUGGUGAAGAGGCCUAAAUAAAGAUGCAGAGUGGGGGGCAAGGAGUAGGAAGGUAGAGAGAACCACUGAGGAAGCCCUUUCAGCCCAGGGCAGAUCCAGACCUCUUUCACCCAGGGAUCAAAAGCAACAACAGGAACUGAGAAUGGAGUGGGGGUGCUUCAAGGGGAAUUUUCCAGAUUUGAAACACGUCCAGGGGUUCUUGGUAUUGAGAAAUCAGCUGCCAAACGUGAGUGAAAAGGGAAGAUCAGAGCAAACCUUUUCUGGUCAGUUCUAAGACCGCUAGAGACAGGUGCCAGGCUCUCAGCCCUGCUCGCAGUAGCCAGCCCCAGGUCUAGACCCUCAUAGGACAGCCAGGCCAGGCCAAGCAGGCUUUUCCAGUACACAGAGUGGGAAAGGAAAGGUCCUCCUCCUGGGAGGAAAGGGGGACAUUUCACACUUGAUGGGGCAGUAGAAGAAGGAGCCCUUUGGGUCCUCAGACUCACGGUUGGGCAUGGGGAGAAAGUAGCAAAGUGGCAUUUUCUUGAACGGAAAGGGGGAAGGAUCUUAUUGCACUUGGGCUGUUCAGAAUGUAGAAAGGACAUAUUUGAAGAAAUAUCUAUUUGAGCACUGAUUUACUAUGUAAAAAGCAAAAUCUCUCUGUCCUAAACUAAUGGAAGUGACUCUCCCACGCUCAUGUGUAAUGGUUUUAACGUUACUCACUGGAGAGAUUGGACUUUCUGGAGUUAUUUAACCACUAUGUUCAGUAUUUUAGGACUUUAUGAUAAUUUAAUAUAAAUUUAGCUUUUCUUAAUCA